AUGGAUUCUGAUAUUUGCAGGGAUAUGUCUACAACAAAUAUCACUUUCAUAGCUGACUUGGAUGUAACAAGGGAUGAUUUGAUUAUCAAGGUUCGUGUUAUAAACCAUUGGAAGCAGAUGUCUUUCUACAACAAGAAUGAAAUAUGGUCCAUUGAAUUAAUCUUGGUCGAUGAACAGGGGAGCAAAAUACAAGCAUCUGUCCCUAAAAAAUUCCUCUAUCGAUUCAAAAAUGUUUUAAAAGAUGGGAAAUCAUAUUACAUCACAUCUCCAAGCUUUGCAGCUCUGAAGGCUAAUACUUUUAGGUUAAUUCCCCAAGAUCAAAAACUCACGUUUGUGCAGGAAACAGUUGUUAAAGAAUGUACCCAAUUUAGCGGGCCUAAAUUUGGUUUUUCUUUUGUUGAUUUUCAAUCUGUGCUGUCAAUGGUUCAUCCUCAAAAUUUGUCACUCGAUGUUAUUGGAUUGGUUGUUGGUGUUGGUGAAAUGGCAACAGAAAGCACUGAGAAGUCCAAACACAAAAUUCACAUCCAUAUCCAGAAUGAAAAUGGUUUGGAAAUACGUUUGGUUUUGUGGGGUGAUUAUGCUUACCAGAUGCAAAAGUAUAUACAAGACAAUCCACAAAAUCUUCAAAUCAUUGUUAUACUUCAGUUUGCACAAAUUAAUGUUUGGAGAGAUCGCCCAAGUGUCAACACCUACUAUACAUCCUCAAGAUUGUUCAUAAACUCUGACAUAGAUGAAAUUUCUGUUUUCAAGAAAAGGUUACAAAGGGAUGAUCGUCCUGAUUCCUCUUCACAUACUUUUUCACUUAUUCCUGCUAACCAAGUUUCUGAAUAUGAUGAUUUCAUGGUUAAAAAUAAGCUGAAGACUAUUUCUGAAGUUUGGGAGCCCGUGGAGAAUGGAGACAAUGUUGAUUUGUAUCCAGUGGAGAUGAAUGCAUUGAAAGGGUUGAAAUUUGCCUUUAAGAUUUCUUCAAACAGAUUCAAUGUGUCCAAAAAAACCAACCAAUAUGGUAUUGCUAGAAUUACUGAUGAUGAGAGUUUAAUUGAACAACUUGAAGAUAAAUUGAAUUCUUCUCAAGCAGAUAAUUCACAGUCAUUAGACUACAAUUCAUCUGAUUUUCAAUCUCAUGACAACAAGACUUUAAAGGAUGCAAUUUCUGCUACGGAUGAUAACAUAACUCCCAACACUUUGGACAAAAACUCGGCAACGAGUCCAUUGAAGAUUUCAACAACAACACCAGUUUUAAAGAGAAAUCUGCAAGAAGUUUUUGAUUUGGAGUCUAAUGAAAAUUUUUCAUCGUCAAAAACUCCAAAGACAUCCCCAGCUGGUCCAAGAAAAGAAUUGUUGAAGGUAAAGGUGGAAAAAGAUGUGUGA